AUGGUUGAACGCGUCCGGCCGGCGGCCUCGACAAAGCCGAGGCUAGUGGGAGAGAAAGAGCAGGAGGAGAAGAACGACGAGCAGCAGGGCAUAUCGGACUCGGGACACAAAUCCCCAGCAACCAUACCUGACGCUGGUUCAUCCAGUUCCGACGUUUCUCCGAAGGACACCUGCCCUCCGGAGAAGCAACAGAAGAAGCGGCAGGAGACGCCCAAACGGCCCAGCCUGGUACCCGCAGCUCUUUGGGACCGUCUUUCGCAAGAGUUCAACGUUUCUCAGCUGAGGGCAAUAUGGGCGGCCGCGGCGAGCGCGCGCGAAGCCCAAGAGGAUCUCGCGGCAGCCGCCAGAGAUAACGAUGGACGGGCGACUCCUGAAGCGGCGGUGCUGGCCGAGAGGCGCGCUCCGGUCAACCACGCGGCGGCGACGGCGAAUCGAAGGGAAGGCGGAGCGCGGGGAGGAGGGUCCAAGGGGGGUGUGGUGCUGUUGCAGGGACCCCCGGGCACCGGUAAGACCCGCACCGUUCUCGGGGUCGUGAGCGCCAUCCUUGCCCGCCGCGAGGAGAAAGAUUGUGGUAGCGGUGGCGGGGGUGGCGGAGCGGGCGCUCGAGGCAUGGGCACCACGCUGGCGCCUGGGGCGCGCCAGAAGCGACCCGGGGUGGCGGGUAGGUGGGUUGCGGCGAAGACGCACCAACGGAUACUCGUGUGCGCCCCUAGCAACGGUGCUGUAGACGAGCUCGCCCAACGGUUGGCUCUGGAAUCGGGCGGAGUUUGGGACCAGCGCGGGAAUGCUGUUGCGCCGAGGGUGGUUCGCCUGGGAAAGCCCUCGGAAGACGCGGCGGAUCGGGUCAAGGCCGUGUCUCUUGAGUUCAUGGUAGAAGAGAGAGUGAAGCUCCACGCCAAGAGCGCCGAGGCGAGAACUGCCGAGACCAAGAUCAGAGAAACGCACGCGCGUAUCGACGAGGCCGGACGUGCCGUGAGGAGCGGUGGUGUCGGCGAGGUUGGCGGUGUGGCUGGAAUCGGAAGCGCAGAGAAUAGACGUCACCAGCUUAACACCCACAUCCGGCGCCUUCGCGGGGAGCUUCUGGUCGCCAAGCAGCGGCGCAGGGAUGCCCUCAGGAGCCUCGAGGUCGAGCGCGGCAAGAUCAGGCGCUCGCUCGUUGUGUGCGCCACGCUCUCCGGAUGUGGGUCGGGGCCUAUGGUGGAGGCGGUAAGCCUUUCGGGCAAGGGCUUCGACACCGUUAUCGUAGACGAGGCUUGCCAGGCGACGGAGCCAAGUACACUGAUACCCCUUUCUUUAGGUUGCAAACGCCUCAUUCUAGUGGGAGACCCUCGACAGCUUCCGGCGACGGUUAUCAGCCAACGGGCGGCCCGCUUGAACCUAGAGGUUAGCCUCUUCGAAAGAUUGGAGCGCGCGGGCUACCCCGUCCACAUGCUCACGGUGCAGUACCGGAUGCAUCCCGAGAUUCGAGCCUUUCCGUCAGCGCGCUUUUACAAUGGCCGGCUGACUGACGCUCCAUGCGUAAGGGACCAGGCAGCGAUCCCGGCACAAUCGCCAUCAUCGGAGACGACUGCUCUCCCGCCCCUCGGGCCGUGCUUCCCGCCGUUCCUCCUCGUGGACGUAUCGUCCGGCUCCGAGCGACGCGCCGGGAGCUCGUACCAGAACCCACGCGAAGCGUCCUUCGUUUCCGCGUUCUUGGCGCGCCUCGUGGCGUCCGGUCUGCGGAGCGGCCGAGGGGUCAAAGCCGGCGGCGGCGGCGGCGACGGCACUGCCGCGGGCGGCGGGCAGGACCGGGAAAAGUCGGGGGUGGUCCGGGUGGGCGUCAUCACACCCUACCGGGGCCAGGUGCACUGCAUCCAGCAGGAGCUAAGCGGCGGCGGCGGCGGCGGCGGCGGCCGGCGGCUAAAGGGGGGCGUCGAAGACGGCGGGGUUGAUGCCGAGGUGAGCACGGUGGACGGUUUUCAGGGAAAAGAGGUCGACGUCGUUCUCUUCUCGUGCGUCCGCGCCCCGUCAUCCGGCGGUGGCGGCGGCGGCGGGAUAGGGUUCCUUGCCGACCAGCGGCGAAUGAACGUGGCGCUCACCCGAGCCAGGCGUUCCCUUGUUGUCCUAGGAAACGUCGGCCGGCUGUCCUCCGAUGGGACCUGGAAAGCGCUCGUCGACCACUCCAAGUCGCGCGACCGGCUGGAGCCGGAGGCGGUUAAGGCGCGGACGUCCGGCGGUGGGAGCGGUGGGGGCGGUGAUGGGGAAGCGUUGUGCGCGCGAUUGGAAGAGACCGCCGCCGGGAAGAAAGGGGGACGUGAUCGGAGCGGCGAUCGCCAAAGCACGGGAAGGAACCGAGCGGGUCGCGGAGGAAGGGGCGAGGCAGACGACGCCGUCGGCUCGGGAGUCGCGGGUGGCAGCGACAAGAAGGAGAUCCAAGCGCCGCGGCGCCCUGCAGGCAGCCGCACGGGAGGACACGGCCGUGGAGACGGCAGCGGCGGCAUCAACGUCCCCGACGACCGUGCUGCUGCUGCUGUGGUUGUCCCUCCGGCUGUGGCUGACAUCGGGGAACAUUGUGCCGACAGGAGAGCGAACCCGCGACACGAGCCGGAGAGCGUCGGCAGCGGUCAGCGACGGAAGCCGUCGUCGCGUGGCGGUGACGGAGUUAGACCAUCCGCUGGGCUUGAAGGGAGCGUACGAGACCGCCCACCUGUUGAUAAGCGCCAGCAGCGCCAUGAAGAAGCCGGAGGGGCGAAGCCAACACCUCGAGGAUCGGCCUGCAGACGGCCGGACGGCGGAGCGGCGAACCGUCCGCAAAAGCGGGCACGAGCUGACGGCCAAGGAGCGGCGAAGAGAGUUAGCACUCCUGACGGCGGGUUUCUUGGAGGGUUGCUCAGCUCUCUGAGCUCCAACGCGGGCGGAAUCGCCUCGGGCAAAGAGCACGACUUCCGGCAAGGGUUGAGAGGCGGCGAGGAUGAGGAACGGAGGCGGGUGGCAGCAGCCCCGCGCCUCGGCGGCGCCCGAGUGACCGAACUCAGCCGCCCGGUAGAGCCCAAGCAAGCUCCGCCUGCCCGCCACUCCUCCCGAGCCGCCGCCGCCGCCACCGGCCGCCAAACGCCGGUCGAAAGUGAUGAUCGCGGCGGACGCGGCAGCCACCGCGGCGGAGGCUUCACUGGAGUGGUUCCGCCGUCUACACCGACCGAUGCCAGGAACGGUGGACGUGCUGUAGGCACCAGCAGCGCCAGCACCGUGAAUGCAAGGCGUGUCGCCCCCUCGACAGCACGAAGAGACGCUAGCUCCGCCCGGGUCGGUCGGAACCAGUUCCGUGGGGGGGCAAACCAGCACAGCCAGCCGCCCCCACAGCCUUCUGAGCAGCGGAAACGAGCAAGACGUGUGGAGCCAGCGGCAGCGACCGGUGCCGGGAGCGGUGGGGCCAGUUCAAAAGCAGGAGUCGUGAAGCAGCUACCCGCGUCGCGCAGACCAGGAGCGUCAGGCGGUAGCAGCGGCGGCAAAAGUGGUGGUGCGAAGAAGACGGAGUCAGAGGCGUCCCGUGGUGGUGGGGGCACGAGCGUGCUGGACAUCCUGCAGGGGAUUAGCGACACCUGGGGGGACAGCAGUAAGAAAAAGUGAAUGCCCUACCCCUUAGACGUCGACAGGGCCGACAAGAAGUGACUUCGCAGGUGUGUCGUCAGCCGACGCCUGUCUGCCGAAGCCUUUGAACUCUCGAAUAGAAUGGAAUGCUUGUUUUGUCGUCGACUACCCCACCAUUACACGGAGGAUCGGGUCGGCUGUGCACGUACGUUGGUGACUGUGUUUUUAGUGGUCUAUGUUCGGUGGGAGUACAGUACUCUGUUGGUUGUAUCGGGCUACACCGAAAUCAUUAUCACGUGUUAGGUGUCCCCAUUUGCGUUGUACUGUAGGGCGCUUGGGCGCGUCGUGCCGCUGGAGUGAGUUUGAUCAUCGUGAAUAAUGUAAAUAGUGCGAGUAUCGAACUGAAAAAGAAAACGAGACGAAGUAUGUGUUGGUUGUCAGAGAACCCCAACGUACUGGCAACAAAACGUUGGAUUUGCGUCGAGUGUGAAGGACGAUGUUCUCCGGUUCCCUCAGAAUGAUGAGUGUGUGGCGUGAAGUCACUUGUGUGUGUAUCUGUUGCGUGUUUUGCUUGAGAUUCGUAUCCGGAUUCCCACUGUCCACGACGCGUGUGCACCUUUUCGUCGUGCUGCUUCAACGAGUGACGACGGUAGGCUAGCACGGUAGAGAAUCUCGGGUGUGCUGUGCCUCGUGCUGUUACUUGGAGUAUCAUGCCGAGAUGACUAGAGCCGAGUGAGUGGAAGUGUGGUGUGAAGUGGAAUGCAAAACAAUGCAGGCAGCGU